AGUUUUCAGAAUGACUUCCUUGGUUGACAUGCCCCUGGAUUAUGAAAAGAUGUUUGCUCAUCGAUUCACAUCAGAUGAUAAAGAGUACCAAGAAUAUCUGAAACGCCCUGCAGAUCCCCCUCCUAUAGUUGAAGAAUGGAGAAACAGAUCUGGUGGCAGUCAGAGAAACAGAGAUCGGUUUCAAGAUGGUAGAUAUUUUAGAGGGGACAGAUACAACUGGCAAGGUGACUAUAGAUCGAAUCAGAGGCCAGAGAGAGGUUGGGGUAAUAACUACCAGCAGCACAGACAAGGACAAUCGUACUCUUCCCACUAUGGACAAUAUGGCUACAACUCCUACAACCCAGGGCCUCGUUACCAUCCCUACUGAUGAUGCUUGUGGUUUGAAUGUCCAGUCAUGCUGUGUUACAAACUCCGUUAGACUUCAGUUUUCUUUUUUUUCCACAGUUUUAUAGAUAACUGAAUAGUUGGUGUUACAGUCCAUUGCUGUAUAUCUAUAGUGUAGAUUGAAAAAGGGAAUACCUUUUGUGAAUAAUACAAGCAUAUUGUAGUUUGUUUAGAGUCUGUAGAUCUUAGAUUAAAUUUCUGUCUCAUACUCUUUUGUCUGAAUACAUCCUAAUACACUUUUCUUCCAUGACUGAGAUUUCUCUCUGUUAGAUUUUAGGAAACACAAGAGGUCAGGGGGAAAAUAGCUGUGGGUUGUGUGCAGCCUGUAGCCAUGGCACAUUGCCUUAAGAUAGUUCUUUUUGAAAGUGACACACUGUGUCUUUCUCUGGAGAGAUUUUCUUAGUUUGACUUUUGAUAGUGAUAAAAGCUCAGUUUGGUUUGAAUUUCAGAUGCCUUAAAACUGAGAAGAGAGAU